AUGGAGCCUUCAGCACAACAAAGUGGACCCAUAAAACACAAGCGUAACCGCACUGCGCAGUCAUGCGUUCAAUGUCGCCAGCGCAAAGUUCGUUGCGACCGAGGAUAUCCAUGCGCUCCUUGUUUGCGAUCGAAGAGUUCAUUAGAAUGCUCCUACGAUAAACGGAACCCGCCACAAGGAAAUUCAUCAAGUAAGAACUCUUCAAUCCUAGAGCAUCGAGCCGGGCGACCAACUAGACAAGAGACGCAUUUGUCGUCAUCAUACAAUAACAGAAUAAAUGAAAAUGCCGCCGCUGUCACUAUUCAGCCCGGGGCAGCGGCACAGAGCCAAAGGCUGAUCGAGGACCUUCAAGAGCAGGUUCAGCAGUUGAAAGAAGCAGUAUCAGGGAGUGUAUAUGCUACCCAAAACUCAAGUCCAUCUGGACUGCCUGUAGGAGCAAACAAAAUUGAAGAGCAACCUAUCAAGGCUCCAACAUCUCACUUGCGAAAUACUUGGGAUAAAACCAAAAUAUAUGGCCCCAACAACUGGAUUCACACUGCGGGACAGUUCCAAGUUCUUGGGGAGUUCAUAUCAUCGGAUGUGUCGCUCUCGGCACAAUUCUGUGAUAAAACCGAACUCGUUAAUCUACUCAAGGAGUGUCUCAGUCUCAAGAAAUUGUAUAAAAAACAUAGCUUUGAUGACGAUGCCCCUCUGCCCACGGAUAUAUCUAGCACCUUUCCCCAGAAAUUUACAUGCGAUGAGCUUGUUCAAUGUUAUCUCAAAACAUUGGAACCGAUAUACCGCAUAUUGCAUGUACCAUCCUUCAUGACGGAGUAUGAAAUUUUUUGGAAGGAAGCACGGUCAGUCCCCAAACACUUCAAGAUGAAAAUGGCAUUGGUACUUGCUAUCGGUUCGGCUUUUCAUGCGAUCCAAAACGAUUGGACCUAUUACGAAAACACCGUGCAGAAUUGGGUGCGUGCAGCGCAGCUGUGGCUCGCCGGUGCAUCGAAUCACGCCAAUCUCACCAACGAUGGACUACAAAUCGGCUGUCUAUUGAUUUUAUCCCGUUGUACCUGUCCUGCUACUCUACCCACUUGGAUAUCGACAGCAUCGCUGUUGCAAAUGGGCAUGAUGAUGGGCUUACAUCGCGAUUCUUCGCUUUUUCCUUCACUGACCCCCUUUCAAGCAGAGAUGAGGAAUCGCCUCUGGACCACUAUCAUUGAGUUGAGUAUUCAAGCCUUGUUGGACUCUGGAGUACCGCUACCUCUGUCACUGGCUGAAUUUGAUAGCCGGAACCCAUGCAAUAUCAAUGACCAAGACAUCUCUCCAGGGAGCAAGGAGGCCACCCGGCCUAAAGAUGGUCACAUAUUUACUGAUUCGUCAAUUCAGAUAUUGCUAAGCAAAUCUAUAAGUACGAGACUCGAAAUUGCCCGCUUACUGAACGAUCCACAGCGCAAAAAUCUCACAUUUGAGAAAGCAAUGAGGCUAGGCCAGGAGCUGCGUACCGCUUGCCGCGAAAUAUCGGCCUUUUUCCAAAGAAAUACACCCACAUCACAGAGGCAAGAGAGUGGAAAAAUGGAAUUUCAUCGCAAGUUCUUGGAUAUGUACCUUCAUCGGUAUAUACUUUUUCUCUAUCGCCCAUUCAUGAUCGAGGCUCGUAAGGACCCUCGAUACUAUCUCGCACGCAAGAUGUGCGUCGAAUCUUGCCUCAUUAUAGCAUCUCACUCUGAGGAUGGUGCUAUAGACCCAUCAACAAAAAUGAGCGAUUACCUGCCGCGACUCACUCGUGUUGGGUCAGGAACGUUCAAGGGACCAUUUUGCAUGGAUGUCAUCGCAAUAUUGAGUCUUGAACUAGUAAUUCAAGUGGAAGAAGAGAAUUCAAUUCGCAUUUCCGGGUUGCCGAUGAUGGCAACAGUUGAUCCUCUCGGUGAAAUGAACAAAGCCAACCGGGCGCCGCUAAUUCGGUGCUUGGAACGAAUAAAAGCCCACCUCGAGCAGAUUAUCGUCUCUGGAAGGGUUUCGCUCAAACGCUACGGUUUCCUUGUUGGAGCUCUUUCCUUGGUCCGUGCUAUUGAUUGUGGAUUACCCAUUAGGCAGACCAUUUUUGAGGACAUAACGGCGACACUGAGGAAGUAUUAUUCUUAUCUCAGCGAACACCCUUCCGAUCAACCACGACAGGAGCCUGUGGGUGAGAUGGCAGUUGAUUCUGGAGACAUGCCCGAACUUUCCACGUUCUUUCCUACUGAUGAUUGGGAUCCCUCUAGCGUUGUUUUUCCUGAUUUUUUCAACCUCUUAGAGCCGUCGAGCAUGAGGUGGUAG